AUGGAAGACCCCAACUCUUUUACCGACUUUCAGCAUUCCACCCAGGACUACGAGCUCUUCCCAGACUCGGACUCAUUUGCUGAUCCUGUGCUCUGCCAACGCACUGCCGAAAUCCAACGCCAAAUAUCUAAUAUAGACCAUACCAUGAAAACUUCGUGGCUUCCCUCGCCCAUGCCUUUUUCGACCCGAAAUGUGCACCUAAACCAAGCUGGUUCACCUUACACCAUAGAGGCCAGAGCCUAUCCUGUGGUGUCUGACAUCUCCUCAUCUUUUGGUCGUGGCUACUCGUCUCCUGGCGCUGAAAGCCCUCCAAGCAAUAAUUGGGGAAACAUGGGAUGCUACAUGUCACCGCCUUCCAGCUGCGCGGACACGAUGCUGCCACCACUGGAUCACUGGGGCUCUUGCUCACCAGGUCCCUCUGCAAAUGUCGAGCCCUCAGUUGCUCCAUCUGAGAUUCUGCAGAACUAUCCCAUGCCCAUACCGAUCGCCGAACUCGAACUGGAACCGCAACUCGAUCCUGAACUCGAUUCUCAACUCGACGCGGAAUCCACAUCAGCCAACGCGGUAACCCCUAUGCAUAGCCAUAGCACGUACCAACACAGCCAACUAAAUCAUGGCAACGACACACUCAGCUAUCUCGGCGCAGGACAGGCCCCUGAGCAGGACUCAUUUGCCUUGCCUAGUUCCCCACGUGUCCCAGCAAAGAAGUACACUGGUCUGAAAGUGGCAACGCGUUACAGCAACAGCAGCCAGAAGGGUUGCCGGAAGAAGGAACCUCUUACUGCCAACUCUAUCCGCGUUUGUCGGAGGCUCUCCAAGUCAAAAACAAAGAAAGGCACACGGCCCCGACGUACCUUUGUUUGCACUUUCUCUCGCUACGGAUGCGCUAGCUCCUUUGCUUCUAAGAAUGAGUGGAAGCGACAUGUGACGUCACAGCACGUCCAGCUAGGAUUCUAUCGCUGUGAUGUGGGCCAGUGCAACGUUAACAAUUUGAGCAAUGCCAGACCUAUGAGCUGCACCAAUGACUUCAACCGCAAAGAUCUUUUCACCCAGCACCAACGUCGGAUGCACGCGCCCUGGGCCAAGUCCAACGAAGCCACGGAGGAGGAGAAACAACAAUUUGAUACGGAUCUCGAGGCGGUGCGCACUCGGUGCUGGCAUGAACAACGUCAACCACCCUUGCGCAGCGCAUGUGGAUUUUGUGGGGAGGAGUUCGCUGGCUUUCAAAGCUGGAAUCAGCGGAUGGAGCAUGUCGGUCGCCACUACGAGAAAGGUGAUGUCGCCAUGGAGUCAGAGAAAGAGGACAUUGCCCUGCGUGACUGGGCUAUCCAGGAAGGAAUCCUGUCCUGGGGUGGCGGCAAGUGGAAACUGGCUUCUCGCCGUUAG